AUGCUCGAAGGAGGUUGCUGCUGUGGAGCAGUCCGUAUCAAGUCCACGGGCGAUAUUCAGGUCAAGGCACUCUGUCACUGCCUCAAUUGUCGUAAGAUAACUGGAUCCGCCUACUCAACCAACGUCAUUGUUCCUGGCGAGGGUUUCUCGGUGACCAAGGGCACGCCCAAGUCGUUCCCGAAGAAGGCGGUUAGCGGCAAAGUCAUAACGUCCAACUUCUGUGGCGACUGCGGGUCAACGCUUUGGCGCCAGAGCGAUUCAUUUGGUGAUAAUAGAAUUAUCAAAGUGGGCGUCAUUGAUGGAUCUGCAAUCGAGGAUGCCAAGCCAGCCGUCGAGCUGUUCGUGGCAAACCGCGUGUCAUGGGUUUCACCCGUCGCAGGGGCUGAGCAGAAGAAGUACCAGUAA